AUGCUCUUCACGCAGUCCGACAUCAGUAUUACCUCGUCUCAAGAUGAUGCGGUCCUAGACGCUUCUUUCUCUUUAGAUCCUAUCGACUUUCUUGGAGUCCCGCGGAACUAUGAUUACUUCGACAUCCCGGACCUCUUCCUCUUUGAGGAUCUUUGUCCCGAGUCCACCUCCGAGGUCAUUGUCUCCGGGACAUCACCUACGCAUAUGGGAGCCUUAGAAGCGACAGCAGCUCCGCCGGAAACAGACACCAUGGAUUCACCUCAAUACAUUCCUGAGGUCGACACGCACUAUUCUGAGCCCUAUUUUCCCCUGCCGUCUCCUGGUCUCCCCGAUGCAGUAUCCGUCCCCGCAUACUAUCCACAGGAUGUGCACUACGCUUAUGAUCCUGUUCCUUCUGCCUCGCCGACGGUAUACGGCAUUACCAGGUCCUUGGCCGAGCUCUCUCUGCUCGACUCGGGAAACACUACGCCGUACACUCCACAGCUCGCCGUUUCUAUCACAUCACCGCCGACUCCCUUCUCUUCCGACUCGGAGGCUCUUACAGACAGCAGCAGCGGCGAGAGCUCCAGCGACGAUGAAUCUAGUCCGUCGAGCUCACCUAGCGUCUACACGACGUCAAUAUCCCGUUCUGCAUCGACCGCACCUUUGCCCUCGUCUUCUUCUCGCUCGCCUCCGCGCGCGCACACGCGGCGGAAGUCCCCCUACACGCGCGACCAUCCCCAAAGGCCAUCGAAGAAAGCGAGAUCUGACUCGUCUUCUACGCCUGCAAACAUUCCCAGACGUACGAAGCCGAGGAAUAUACAGACCAGCUAUUCCUUCCACGAACUCGAGGCGAUGAUCGCAAAGGGCUCGCGCCGGUGUCCGGUCGAUGAGUGUUCAUUCACGCCGGCGAGUGGGAAGCGAGACGAUCUGGUGCGCCACAUCAAGACGCACUGCGAGGACAAGGGCGAAGAGUGGGUGUGUUGCGGUGUGCCCUUGUCUUCGGCGCGGUCGCGUCGCGUCGCUGGCACGUGCAAGCCGUUCGAGUACGGGGGCCAGAUGAGAGUGGGUGGGUGUCUGCUGUCGUUCAGUCGGAAAGAUGCUCUGGGGCGCCAUGUGAGGGACAGCAAGAAUUGCGUGUGGGUGCUCCGCUACUGCACAACAAACAUCCCUUCGACUGCCCGCCGUGCCACUACGAUGUCUUCAGGGUCUCGCGGACAGUCUACUACACUCCUCGUCUCUGCUCAGGGCGGUCACUCUGCACGGAACGCACCAUACACAGGCCGUCAAUACUUGCUACCCUCCGAUCUCGAGUCGUGUGCCUGGUCGUCUGAUGACUGGUUCGUGGAGAACUUUGCCAGAACAACAGAGGAGCCUACGUUAGCAGAUGCUCCUGCUCCUGCUCAUCUGAGUACGAAUCGGUUGUACAGGACGCACGCUGAGUCUGUCCAUGUUGUUGUUCCGGACAUACACUCGCGUUUCGCGGGACAUCCGUACAAUGUAUCGGCUUCGAGCCCAUACGAGAUCUCUCGGAGCGCGGGUCCUUCUGUCCCAGCAUACUUUGGCUCCCUGGAAUAUGUCAUGUACCCCGAAGCAAUGUCGAACUUAUCCUUGCAGGCCAUCACGCCAGCUGCCGGUACAUAUCACCAUCCUGUCUUCGCUGUGCCCGCAGUGGUCUCCGAACCAACCACAGACGUUUUCUACUCCAGUUCACCGGUGCACCCGCCGCCUUCUGUAUACACGAAUUCCCCGGACAGCUCCUCGUCCUGCUCUCCUUCGUCAUCAUCGCCCACGUCGCCCUUCACUUCCAGCGAUUCAGACCGGGUCCGCACAUCGUCCGCACAGCGCUCGCCAGCGCCGAAGAAGACACGCCGUCGCGCCCCCUACUCGAGCGAAUCUGCAAAGUCUCGACGGAGAACGUCUCGCUCGUCGUCUUCCUCCUCGAGCGUCAGCACGCCUUCGGCCACAGGCAAGCGGCGUCUUGCACCACCCCGCAAUAUCCAGGCUCCCAUUGACGUCGCUGCGUUCGUCCGUGCUGACUCCCUGCAAUGCCCAGUGUGCCUGCAUGUGCCUGCAGAGAGAAGCUCUGCUGCGCUACGGCGUCACCUGGAAACCCAUGAUCGCAGCCUCGCCAACAAUGUCUGGGUGUGCUGCGGCGUGCCGGAGGAGAUAGCAGGCAUGUAUGAGAUCAGGGAUGGUUCGAAGCGACUGGAGCACAAGGGUCAGUGGAUGGUGGGAGGAUGUGGAAUCGAUUUCAGCCGGAAGGACUCUUUGAUUCGGCACCUCAAGGACAGUAAGGAGCCGUGUACUGCCGAUCUCGCUUUGGGUGAGGCACUGGGUUGGUUUGACAAAUGA